AUGGCCCAGAAUGCCUGUGCACGGCAGGCGAUCUCGCGAGUGAGCAGAGAGGAGGUGGAAGACCGGUUCCUACAGCUCCAUGAGGAAAACCUGCUCACCCGGAUGGCCACCAAGCUGGUGCACUUGGUGAAGGACCGUUGGCGGUUGGAGCAAAUAUCUGCAGGCGUGGUGCAUCCAGGGGGCUGGGACGUGGAGCUAGAGGAGAUGAUGGAGGAGCUGCAGGAGAAGGUCCAGGAGCUGCAGAUGCAGAAUGAGGCCCUGAAGCAGUGUCUGCUGGCCGCCAAACAGCACCUGCAGACGCAGAGCAAACAAACCACCCCCUACGGCCAUGUCCAAUCACGCGUCAACACGGGCCUGCGGAGGCUGAGGGAGGACACGGUCACACCCCCCACUGCUCCCAGAGGACCCAGGAGUGUGGAGGUGGAGGUGAGUGGCAGGCCCCCCCCAAAAUAUGGACACAGUCUGCUGGACGACACCAGAGCUGAGAUCCGGAACCUUGAGAAUGUGAUCGAGACUGAACGGUCUCACAUAGAGGAUAUGGACAGAGCAGCAGAGCUGCUGAGAGACCAGCUGAGGAGGAAAGAGAGAGGGUUUGAAUAAUCACUCCUCCACCUGAAUCAGUAGACCACUGGACAGAGGUCUACUAUCAAGGACAAGGUGGAGAUGAUCCGGCUGCAGAAACAGCUAGUUGAGAAGGGCAACGCAUUCACUGUGCUCGAGGGCAGAUUCCUACAACUCCAAGAGAAUCAGUGGACCCCGAAGGCCAGUCAUGAAGCUGUGAUGGCCAAGAUGGACGAGCUCACGGGCAAUCUGAAAGACGAGCAAGUGAGGAGUCUUGGCCUGGAGAGCCAACUACAGUUGCAGGAGCGAAUCCAUGACCUGGAGAAGGAGAGAGAGCUGCUAAAGGAGAACUGUGCUUUCUACAUAAUCCGGGAACAUCUAGCCCAGCUAGAGGUAGCACUGAAGUCUGACCUGACAGACCAAAACAAGAUUCUGGACAAGAUCAAGGUGGAACUUGAAGCAGUGACACGUAAGAUGAAUGACUCCAAACUAGAGUACGAGCUGAAGUUGGAACAUCUUUCCCAGCUGCUGGACAUGAGGGCUGUCAAGAUUAAGAAACUAGAGGCCCAACUGAAAGACAUCGCCUAAGGCACCAAACCCAGCAUCACCGACGACGACGUGGCCGAAGAGUUUGACAAGACCAUUCACCUGGAGCGAGGAGAGAACCUCCAGGAAAUCCACAUCGAAGAGGCGCCAGCAGCAGAAGAUGAGGAUCAGACUGAAUCGAUCCUCUCAGACAGUGAUGACUGCAUUGUUCCUGGACAGUCCUCCAUGGGACGGAAGCGUGUGCGUGUGGAGAUCGUGUCUCAGACACUGAGGCCUGAGUCUCGGCCGGCAGCAGACAGCAGCGUGGUCAGGCUGUUUGUAGAGUACUUCCUGUUGGACAUUCCCUCUGAGGAGACCCCUCUGUCCCUGCCCAAGCCCCCACCUGGCAAGACCAGCCACUACAACUACAGCAAUGUGAUUCAUUUGGACAUAAAGAAUAACAAGACCAGACGGGUGAUUCUGAGGGGGGUACUAGAGGGAUCCAACCCACAAAUGGAAAGGUUAGGAAAAAAUAGUGUUGUGAUCCCUAAUAUCUUGGAGCAACAACAGGACUUGAUUGAGACCAGCCUGAACAGACAGCAGUGUGGGGAUGGGUAG